AUGGAGACCGUGCCGCUGUUGGAGAGACGCGCCCGGUUCGCGGAGUGCCGCUUUUCUGCCCGGAGCACGGAGCCGGAGGUGUUCACGUUCGAGAGGAUUCCUCCACAGACCGCGGCGCUCAGCUGCUAUGCACCCAUCCGCCCCAAGAAGCGCUGCACACGGGUCAUGUACCCGGCCAAAGUGCGCAUGCACCUCCCGCCGCCGGAGCGCAGCGUCGCGAAGCGCGCCCUGCUGCUGCUGCUGCUGGUCCUGCUGUGGCAGAUCUACACAGAGGAGCCCGAGCUGGAGACCCCCACACGCACGGCCCCGAGCACCUGCCGGUCCUACGUGCCCGCACUCUUCUCCUCCCGCCACGAGAGCCCCAUGUGUCCCGCCAGCCCGGAGCACACGCAGGAACCUAGCCGCUUCCAGGGCCCACGCAACAGCUACGUGGUCGCGCUGCUCGUGGCACACCGCCUGGGAUCAGACUGA